CCCCCGGCGCCGCGCUCGCUCGGGCUUGUGGCCAUCUCAUACAACUUGGGAGCCCCUCCAGAACAGCAUUAGUAAUUCAUAAUAAUAAUUUAAAACAAGGAGAAGAAGGGGAAGAAGCAAGUGGAUAAUGUCAACCCCGAGCAGAUUCAAAAAGGACAAAGAGAUUAUAGCGGAGUAUGAAAGUCAAGUGAAAGAGAUCCGAGCUCAACUCAUCGAGCAGCAGAAAUGCCUGGAGCAGCAGACUGAAAUAAGAGUGCAACUUCUUCAGGAUCUGCAGGAUUUCUUCCGCAAGAAGUCGGAAAUAGAGAUGGAGUAUUCCCGAAACCUGGAAAAAUUGGCAGAGAGGUUCAUGGCAAAAACAAGAAGCACAAAGGAUCAUCAGCAGUACAAGAAAGAUCAGAACCUCUUGUCACCGGUGAAUUGCUGGUACUUACUUCUGAACCAAGUGAGAAGAGAAAGCAAAGACCAUGCAACACUGAGCGAUAUCUACCUGAACAAUGUGAUCAUGCGGUUCAUGCAGAUAAGCGAAGACUCCACCAGAAUGUUCAAGAAGAGCAAAGAGAUUGCGUUUCAGCUUCAUGAAGACUUAAUGAAAGUACUUAACGAGCUUUACACAGUCAUGAAAACAUACCACAUGUAUCACGCAGAGAGCGUCAGUGCAGAAAGCAAACUGAAGGAGGCAGAGAAGCAAGAAGAAAAACAGAUUGGGAGGUCAGGAGACCCUGUUUUUCAUAUUCGACUAGAAGAACGGCACCAGAGACGGAGCUCUGUGAAAAAGAUAGAAAAAAUGAAGGAAAAACGUCAAGCAAAAUACUCUGAAAACAAGCUGAAAUCUAUUAAGGCCCGCAAUGAAUACCUGCUCACCCUUGAAGCGACCAAUGCUUCUGUUUUCAAGUAUUAUAUUCAUGACCUGUCAGAUUUAAUUGACUGUUGUGACCUUGGAUACCACGCUAGUCUUAACAGAGCCCUAAGAACAUACCUUUCUGCAGAGUAUAACCUUGAAACUUCCAGGCAUGAGGGCCUAGACAUCAUUGAAAAUGCAGUUGACAGCUUGGAGCCACGAAGUGACAAGCAGAGAUUCAUGGAAAUGUACCCUACUGCUUUUUGUCCACCAAUGAAAUUUGAGUUCCAGUCUCAUAUGGGUGAUGAGGUUUGUCAGGUCACUGCCCAGCAACCUGUGCAAGCAGAGCUUAUGCUUAGGUAUCAGCAACUACAGUCAAGAUUGGCCACACUGAAAAUCGAAAAUGAGGAGGUUAAGAAAACAACAGAGGCUACCCUGCAGACAAUACAGGAUAUGGUCACCAUUGAAGAUUAUGAUGUGUCAGAGUGUUUCCAGCACAGUCGCUCAACAGAGUCUGUCAAAUCAACAGUCUCUGAGACAUACUUGAGUAAGCCUAGCAUUGCAAAAAGAAGAGCUAACCAGCAGGAAACAGAGCAAUUCUAUUUCAUGAAAUUCAGAGAAUAUCUGGAAGGUAGUAAUCUGAUCACAAAACUUCAAGCAAAACAUGACUUGCUGCAGAGGACGCUUGGAGAAGGUCACAGGGCAGAAUACAUGACAACAAGGCCUCCAAAUCUUCCCCCUAAGCCCCAGAAACACAGGAAGCCCAGACCCCGAUCACAGUAUAGUGCUAAGUUGUUUAAUGGUGACUUGGAGUCAUUCAUCAAGGAUUCAGGACAAGUCAUUCCUCUCAUCGUGGAAAGCUGUAUCAGAUUUAUCAAUUUAUAUGGUCUUCAGCAUCAGGGAAUUUUUAGAGUGUCUGGUUCCCAGGUAGAAGUCAAUGAUAUUAAGAAUUCAUUUGAGAGAGGUGAAAAUCCUUUGGCAGAUGACCAAAGUAACCAUGACAUUAACUCAGUUGCUGGAGUACUGAAGCUCUAUUUCCGAGGGCUGGAAAAUCCUGUCUUUCCUAAGGAAAGAUUUAAUGAUCUGAUUUCUUGUAUCAGAAUAGACAAUCUCUAUGAGAGGGCUCUUAACAUCCGCAAACUCCUCCUUACUUUGCCCAGGUCGGUCCUUAUAGUGAUGAGAUACCUCUUCGCCUUCCUUAACCACCUUUCUCAGUACAGUGAUGAAAACAUGAUGGAUCCAUACAACCUGGCCAUUUGUUUUGGGCCAACCCUGAUGCCUGUUCCAGACAUACAAGACCAGGUGUCUUGUCAGGCACACGUGAAUGAGAUAAUCAAAACUAUCAUCAUCCAUCAUGAGGCCAUUUUUCCAGAUGCUAAAGAACUCGAUGGCCCAGUGUACGAAAAAUGUAUGGCUGGAGAUGACUACUGUGACAGCCCAUACAGCGAACAUGGUACAUUAGAGGAAGUGGACCAGGAUGCUAGUACAGAGCCCCACACCAGUGAAGACGAGUGUGAGCCCAUAGAAGCUAUAGCAAAGUUUGACUACAUUGGAAGGUCUGCACGAGAACUCUCUUUCAAGAAAGGAGCUUCCCUUCUGCUCUAUCACCGAGCAUCUGAAGACUGGUGGGAAGGAAGGCACAACGGAAUUGAUGGCCUUGUCCCUCACCAAUACAUAGUGGUGCAGGAUAUGGAUGAUACUUUCUCAGAUACACUGAGUCAGAAAGCAGACAGUGAGGCCAGCAGCGGACCCAUAACUGAGGAUAAGUCAUCAUCAAAGGACAUGAAUUCUCCCACUGACCGUCACUCCGACGUGUAUUCAGGAAGGCAACGAAAGAGAUCAGAACCUCCACCUCCUCUAAGACGCCCUGGCAGGAGCAGUGAUGGUCACUGCCCCGUACACCCUCCUCACCCUCUCUCCAACUCGUCUGUGGAUCUAGGUUCCCCCAGCCUGGCAACUCACUGCAGUCCCAGAGCCCUCCUUCAAAAUCGCAACCUCAAUGCCGACAGCCCUGAGAGGCGGCGCAGGCCUGGCCAUGGCAGUCUCACCAACAUCAGUAGGCAUGAUUCCCUAAAGAAGAUCGAUAGCCCUCCGAUUAGAAGAUCUACGUCAUCCGGUCAGUACACGGGUUUCAAUGACCAUAAACCACUGGACCCAGAGUCAAUAGCUCAGGACAUUGAAGAGACAAUGAACACGGCGCUGAACGAGCUCCGUGAGCUGGAGCGGCAAAGCUCAGCCAAGCACGCCCCUGAUGUUGUGUUGGACACCUUGGAACAAAUGAAGAACAGCCCUACCCCUGCCACCUCCACGGAGUCACUCAGCCCUCUCCACAGUGUCGUUCUAAGGAGCUCCGAGCCUCAGAUCCGCCGUAGCACCAGUUCUUCCAGUGACACCAUGAGUACUUUCAAGCCCAUGGUGGCCCCUAGAAUGGGAGUACAGCUGAAGCCUCCUGCUCUUAGGCCAAAACCUAUUGUUCUUCCAAAAACAAAUCCUAGCAUAGGGCCUUCCCCUUCUUCCCAGGGUCCAGCCGACAAAUCUUGCACAAUGUAGACAGCUCAGCCACCCACAGUGCCUGGCUGGGGUAUGCUAGGGAAAAGGAUGGAGUAACAAUAGAAGUCAGGGCUCCGUAACAUCACAUGUUCAUGUUUGUAACUGGAGAGGCUUUGUUUUUCAGUGUUUUUGAAUGUAUUGUCUGAAACUAGCUACAUUAACAUGGGCAUUUUUAUUUUGUAUGGUUUCAAUUAAAAGAAAAACUGGACAA